AUGACCGGCCAGCAUCCAUACCUCCAGGCACGUCAGGCCCGUCAAUACCUCACUCCUCCCGCCAUCCCAACGCCCAACUUUGGCAGUCUCGUCGGCUCGUUCCAGGAAUCACUUCUGCGAGGACGCAUGUCGAUGCCAGCUUCCAAGCCCGUCCUCUUUGACGCAGAGAUCGGCGUACUUGGGAUGGGCAAGUGCAGACCCUCGCUGCGAUGUCCACCUCACGUCCACGUCAAGUUUCCAGCUCAUUUCUACGACUUUCAUGCCAUAGACUCGCCCGUCUCGGGACCCAGUGCUGGCUCGACGGCUGCUCUCGGAAGUCCCUAUGUCGGAACCAUCGAUCUGGAAGCCCACUACCACGACGCGCUCCUCGAACGAAAGCUGGCGGCCCUCAGCACAGGAACGGCAUCCCUCGACUCUGCGGAACCGAGCCUGUUGCCUCCCUUUCCUGGAUAUGCAGUUCCGCCCAAGGGUCAGGUUCAGCUCAUCGUCAAGUUCCCGGACCUCACUGCCGUCAAGCUCUUCCUCGUACCGUACGAUCUCACCGACAUGCAACCCGGCACCAAGACGUUCUCCCAGCGAUGA